AUGGAUCCCAAAGGUGGUGCUGGCAGCUCGAGUAGCUCGGCCGACGGACCAAGGGGCCGUGGGGAGGGGGGACAAAACGGGCAAGCUGCGCGCCCCCAAGAAGUUGUGCAGCAGGUCUUCCAAGUGGAUAUGUACACAGCAGCCUUCAUGCUGGUGCUGCUGGUUCUGGCACUACUCAAAGCAUCAGAGUGCCGCUGCCGCUGCUGA